AUGCAGACAGUCCCAAGUCUUGUUGGGACCGGCACCGUUGCUGCCGCUGCCGCUGCCGGCCUCGUCUUCGGCCAGUCUACCGAGUCGCCCACACCCUCGUCCCCCCGACCGUCCUCGCCUCUGAAGAGGAAGUUGUUCUCGGACUUCAGUUUCGACAAUCCGCGAUCAACACCCACCCCGCCACCCCUCUCACCACCAGGGACCAGCUCCGCUCGCUUCCCCCAACUUGUCGAGGAUGACCGGAUCGACCAGCAGCAGCAUCCUUCACCACUUACAUCCAACCCUGUCAACAUCAGCCCAACCACUGGCUCGCAGACCACCCCUCCCAAGUCCAGUAGCCGCCGGCUUUCAACGAUACGUGCGACCGAGGUGGCAGCUGCUACCGACCAGGGCCGGGAGUCCAUCUCGUCGCACGGCUCGUGGAUGAGGAGACUGUCCCUGCGACCUCCGUCACAACACGGCAGUUUGCGCUCUAUUGCCGAGCCAGACUCGGCAUUUUCCUACUCGCAAGGGUCAGGGCCGUCCAUGCUGUCUCCCACGGGCUCUGUUGCCCCCCAGUUACCAACCCCCAACAAGCUGGUAAAACGGCCAGGAACAGAGAGCAUCUUUGCGAGGCGUGGCUCCCGUAUACAAGUCCCGACUCUACGACGACCCGCAACAAGCACACGGAUCCACUUGCGGCGUGGCAGCUUGUUACCUGCGCCCUAUCUUGUGAACCCUGCGGUGAUUACUGGUGACCCCUACAUGAUGGCACCGGUGGAACGUGAACUGGAGUCGGCUCUGCCCGCGAAAUCUGCAACUCUACCACGGCAGAGCCCGCAAAACUCGAAAGAGUCCACUAAUGCUCUUGAGAGGACGCCAACCAAAGGAAGUCGACGGUCUCUUUCGGCGCAGUUCGGCGCGUCAGGAGGUUGGAUUGCAAGGGCGGGCAGCCUGCGCCGUCCAAAGAGGAAAUCGCUCGACCACGUCGGAGGCAGGCGUUACGCAUCGGAUCCAGUUUCCACUUCACCCAAGGCUUCUCGAUCAAAUGGUGCAAAGUCCGAUAUGGAGGCUCUCUUCACGCCGCCAUUGUCUGGACACAAGGAGACCCAAAACACGGCCAAUUCGGCAUCACAGGAGCAGAAGCGCGACGCCAUGGCGUCUAUACCUCCCCUGUCGCGCCUGUCAAGCUUCCAUCUCGACCUGUCCAAGAUGGGGCCAUCUCCCCCACAUUCUGCAGGUCUCCAGGCACCGAGCCCCAUCCAGAUCAGCCCGACGACUGCGCCACAAGGCGCACCGUUCUCGUCUCAUAGCAGAGCGGUCUCAAAGGAAGGAGCAUCCACUCUGGCCGGAUCUGAGAUGUCGGUGCCUGGCUUGGCCUCAGGCGACGACGAUGACACAGAUUAUAAGAGUGACGCAGUUUUUGAUUCCUUCAGGACUAACGACUCAAACCGUGUUAGAGUGGUCGAGACACCUCUGGACUCGAUGUUUGACGAGUCACCUCUUGGCACACUGGGCAAUGUGAAGGCGAAGAGGCUUUCGAUACAGGAAAUUCUAGGAAACAACUGGGACGGAGAUACCAGGAUCAUGGAGGAGGAUGAAGGGUCUUCAACUCCUAUCCGUGGAAUCCACGGCCCACACAUCGCUGAUGAUACCGACGAUGCCGAUGAUCGAGCGACUGAGAUUGCGAAGUUCCAGAUCUCAAUUGGCAACAACGCCCGGAAUUUUGGCAGGCUUUCACUGGAUACUACUGAUGAUGACUACGAUUGGGCCAGGGACGACGAAGACGUUCUGAGCAACCCGCUCUCCCCGCCUACGAGCUCCGUCAACUCGCGAAGAGGGGUCAGCCCCCAAUUGCGGUCAGCAUUGGCUAACAUCAGCGGCAAUGCCACCCCUGAUUCCUACACAACAGGAGUUACUACCGAGCGUCCGAGAAGCAAUGUCUUCGAUUGGAGCGAACCAUUCCAUGAGAAGACCGACGACAGCUUCACUCGCCCAAGGACUGUUCACGGCAAGCGUGAGCUGGAUUUGCGGGGUGGACGAACGGCAGUUCGGCCGUCGGCCCAUGUCCGCAGCCAGAGUGUGCCUGUUGUUGAGCCAGUGGAUAUCGUCAAGGGCGCGCCAAAAUUUGGCACGUGGGGGCUAAGUGCGAAGAAUGCCAGCGAAGAUUGGGAUGACGACUUUGAGUUCGACGAGGGUAGCACCAGCGACUCGGCCCCGAAGAACCAUGUGCAACCAUUGUCCAUGAGUGUGCCCCCUUCAAUCCAAACCGCGCAGGCGACUGUGAAGGCACACUCAGGCCACAUCCGAGAAUUGUCGUUGCUCGUCGACAGCCUGAAGCGCCUCUGUCGGCAAGGUCGGGAGUUGAACCUGCUAAAUGGCCAGAGUGCUUUGUUGUGGAAGGAAGCUGAGAACAUCAUCGCCCUGGCAUCACCGGAUGAAGAUGAAGUAGAUGACAACGAAGCGGACCGAGACUCUUCCGAUUCCGAGCCCUACCCCCUUGACGAUCGGUUCCUGGACGGAGGGUUUGAUGCUGCCUCGCUGGACCGGGCCGAUGCCCCUGUUGAGGCGCACGAGCCCGACAUCCCCAAGAACGCUGUGAUACGGGAGAGGCAGGUUGUGCGUCGUCGCUCCGUCUUUUCUCCAGACGAUGACAUCUUCGGCAAUACUUGGUCAUUGGAGAAGGAGAGCACUCGGCCACACACUCCCAGAACCCCGGACCGCGUGAGGGAGUUCCACACGCCGGAUGGCGCUGUCGUUUCGUCCGUGAUCGCAGCCAUGGAGCAGCAGCGGAGCUUACCCGGCCGCCGUCAAGAGUCACCUUUGAAGCCGUCCAAGGCAAAACUCUUCUUCGACACGAACAGCCUUCACGAGCUCGUCAGGCGCGCAAGCAGCGUUUUCCACACCUUGUCCGACAUUGUCCGCAAGGAAGAGCUCCUCUCGAUGAGCCCCCAAGCCACACCCACGAAGCUUGAUCGCAUCCGGCCCGGCCACGGUGGCAGCCCGGCCUUCACGCGUGUCUUCACGGACCCUGACACGAGCCCGCCACGACAUCUGGUUAGGAGCCAGAAGAGCCACUCACCACUGCCCCGCAACUCCCUAGACUCCGGUCUGAACCAGCGCAUGCAGAUGAUGACAGUCAGCUAG